AUGAAGAUCAAAGGCAGAACACCUCUGGUUCUUGUGUUGUUUGAGGAGGUGGCUGUGCAUUUUUCCAAGGAGGAAUGGUCUUGGUUAAAUCCUGAUCAAAAAGCUCUACAUAGAGAGGUUAUGCUGGAAAACACCAGAAAUGUGGCCUUUUUGGGAAAGAAGGCCUUUGGCAACUUGGAGCUGCCUCAGGUACAUUGUGGGGGCCUCUUAAUAGAAGGAGAAAAUCACCUGAAGUUACUGAUAAUAGCAGGAAAUUGCAUUCAAGAGAACAAGGAAGUCUUCCAAAUGUUCAGGCACAAAGAUAGAAGAGAAGGAUUUGCAAAUUCAAUGGAACCAAACGAACACAAAAGAAAUCUGUCAACAAAUGAGAGUAACAGUAGCUCAACUUUCCCAUCCACUGAAAUCCAGGACUUUCUUCCCAGAAAAGAUCAAAAUGAAAAAAUAAAUGUGGAAAGCAUGGAAACAUUUGAAGAAGGCUCAGAUUUAUACAAACACCACACAAUUAGCACUAAAAAAGAGGAUGCAUACCAAAAGGAUGAGAAAAGCUACAAAUGGACUUCCAAUCUUCCUUUAUGUAGUGAAAUGAAUAUGGGAAAUGAACCAUAUCAAUGUGCAGAGAAUGGAAAGCAUUUAAGUGAGAGCAAUUCCUUUGUUUCCAGUGAAAUAAUACAUUCAGGAGACAAACCAUAUAAAUGCAUGGAAUGUGAAAAGAGUUUCAGCAAGCCCAGAUAUCUUGCUUCCCAUAAAAAAAUUCACACAGGAGAGAAACCAUACAAGUGCGUGGAGUGUGGAAAGAGCUUUACUCAGAAGGCUACUCUUCAUUCCCAUCAGAUGAUCCACACAGGAGAGAAACCAUAUAAAUGUAUGGAAUGUGGUAAGAGCUUCAGGAAGGCUGCCCAGCUUACUUCCCAUCAAAAGAUCCACAGAGGUGAAAAACCAUAUAAGUGCACCGAGUGCGGAAAGAGCUUUACCCAAAAGGUUACUCUGAAUUUCCAUAAAAUGAUUCAUACCGGAGAGAAACCAUAUACGUGUAUGGAGUGUGGAAAGAGCUUCCGGAAGAGCGCUCGGCUUAUUUCUCAUCAAAGAAUCCACACAGGGGAAAAACCUUAUAAGUGCACAGACUGUGGAAAGGGCUUCAGCUUGAGCAGUUCCUGUACGUAUCAUAAAAGGAUCCAUGCAGCUAAUGAAAUGUAUGAAUGCAUGGAAUGUGGGAAGAGUUUCAGCCAGUGCAGCUAUCUUAAUACCCAUAAAAAAAUUCACACAGGGGAGAAACCAUAUAAGUGCACAGAUUGUGGAAAAAGCUUUAGUCAGAAGUGUAAUCUUAAUUACCAUAAAAUGAUUCAUACAGGGGAAAAACCAUAUAAAUGCAAAGAGUGUGGAAAGGGCUUUAUCCAGAACUUUCAACUUACCUAUCAUAAGCGGAUCCACACAGGGGAGAAGCCAUAUUCAUGUUUGGCGUGUGGAAAGAACUUCAGGUGGAGCAUUCAGCUGACUUCCCAUCAAAAGACGCACACCAAGGAGAGACCACAUAAAUGCACAUUAUGUGGGAAGUGUUUCAGCCAGCGUGGGAAUCUUAAUUCCCAUAAAAAAAUCCAUAUGCAGGAGAAACCAUAUAAAUGCAUGGAAUGUGGGAAGAGCUUUACUCAGAAGGCAACUCUGAAUUCCCACAAAAUGAUUCACACAGGGGACAGGCCAUAUCCAUGUACGGACUGUGGAAAAAGCUUCCGGAAAAGCAGUCAGCUUACAUCCCAUCAAAGGAUCCACACGGGGAAAAAAUCAUAUAAGUGCACGGAGUGCGGAAAGAGCUUCAGCAUGAGCGGUUUCUUUGGAAACCAUAAAAGGAUCCAUGCAGGAGAAGGACCAUUUCAAUGCGGAAAGAGUUUUACCCAGUGCAGCUAUCUUAGUUCCCAUAAAAAAAUCCACACGGGGGAGAAACCAUAUAAAUGCACGGAUUGUGAAAAGAGCUUUAUCCAGAAGUGUAAUCUUAAUUCCCAUAGAAUAAUUCACACAGGGGAGAAACUGCACAAAUGUGAUGUGUGUGGAAAGAGCUUUAUACAAAACUUUCGACUUACAUACCAUAAAAGGAUCCACAUGGGGGAGAAACCGUAUAAAUGCAUAGAGGCCUCACUUACGAGCUCAAAAUGA